AUGUAUAUUCCGAGUGUAUCCCCAUGGCUCGUAGUACGAGGGGAAAACUCCCAGGUGACACCCUCUCACAAACUCGUCAUAGUCCAAAGGCAGCACAGGGUUACUCGAGUUGAGAAACUCUGGGUGGAAAAUGAUCUUCACCUUGUCUUGGCUGGUGUUGAACAAUUGGCACGAACGGAUCUGGUUCAAGAUCGGAUCGUUGGCAUCAUCCACCAUGUUGUGGGUCACAAUUGGCGGCAGAGAGUCUCUCUUCAACGCAAACAUCCGUCUUUUCAGGUUGACUCUAUCGGCAGGACGAAGAAGGUCAUCCAAAGAUGGCAGCUCGAUCUGAGCAGAGUUCUGGGUAUUAUUUGGCUUUUGACAGAACUCAAACAGCCGUUUGCCCAUGAGACCUUGCACGUCCUUGAUGGUGCUUUCGAGCUGCUUGAUGACUGCCUGACCACGCAAAGUAUCGACAGUGUACGACUUGGUGGCAGCUGGCAUAAUGAUGAAAGCAACCACAUUCAUGUCCGAGUUGACGGACUUGAGUUUGUGGUUCAGCCGGGCAAGGGCUUCGAUGAAAAAGUCAACACCUUUGUUUCUGUACUCAUAUCUUCCCGCAAUGAAAAAAUAAAGGGUGUUUUCCAGCUUGAAAUUGAGCUGUCCGUAGAAAUGGCCACGAACAAACUCGUUGAUUUUCUCCUUCUUCUCGGCAUGCAGGUUUUGGAACUCGUGAACAGCCUGGAACUUGACCACGUUCAGUCCGUUCGGAAGAACUCCAUCUGGCUUCCGUUUCAGCAAGUGCUCACUUUCGUAUGCGGUAAUGUGGGAAACAGUGGUGAAGACGUCUGCAGAGUGCGCAGCCGCCCUUUCAAUGCAGUACCGAUGAUAGAUGCCUCUUUUUCCAGCCUCGUAGUCGACGUCGAACUUAUCCAGGUUGUUGUAAAAGUCCACACUUCCCGCACAGAGGUAUCUUCCCAGCAAAGUUGCAUGGGUCGUGAAGAUGGUUGUGCAAUCGAUUUUCCGCUGUCUACAGAGCGGAAUGGCCACGCCAGCAAGCCACUCAUGGGCAUGCAAGACGAUUGCCUUUUGUGUCUCAUGGCAACAAAGUUCUCCAAGGAACCAGGCAGUGAGAUACCCCAGCAUGACUGCAUCGUUGGUUUCGAUAUCUCCUUCAGGAGACGGGAUUCCGGCAAGCCCCCACAGGUCGGUUUUCCAUUCGUUCAGAUACGGAACAGCAGAGCCAAUAUCAAACAAAAUAACUCUGGGUGCCCCCUCAAUUAG